AUACGAAAAUAAGCGACGAACUGGAGGUCAAGUUCGCAGAUGACAUAAGAUAAAAAAUGGGGACCCAGAUACGAUUAAAGUGGAUAAAUCAUCAGUCAAAUUUGUUAACCAAGUUCCAGCAAUAUCUCCUGAGCGAGAGAUUUGUAGACGUGACGAUAUGCUGCGACGGUAUGAGUCUCAAAGCCCACAAAGUCGUCUUGUCGUCGAGUAGUACUUACCUCGAGAAAUAUUUUUCGGAGGAAGCGCCUCGAGAGACUACCUUUUCUAUCAGAGGUGCAAAGUUUGAGGAAAUGAAAGCAAUUGUGGACUUUAUAUAUAGCGGUGAAGUCGACGUCUUCUCUCAUUCUUUGACGAAUAUUUUACGAAUUGCACAAAAUCUUAAGAUUCGGGGCUUAAUGGAAGUUGCCAAAGACAUGAACUUGACAGUGUUUCCACAGGAAUAUUCAGACGUGACUACAUAUAUUGUUCCAGAAAUCUUAACUCCACCAAAUGUGGAAGAAAUGAAAGGAAUUACACCCAUAAAUAUUCUUCCAGUGUGUCAAGUAAGUGAUGCAAAGGGGACAGAAUUUAACACAGAGUCUACCAAGCGCGAUUCUUUAGAAAUAAUUGCAGCAGACAUUCCAGAAGUUACAAAAGAUCCAAAAGAAGAAUUUCAGACUCAUGACAAAGGCCCAAAAUUAAGGAAGAGAGGCAGGAAAAGAAAAAUUGUUUCUGUUAACAUGACCGGCAAAACUCGUUCUCGGCGGAGAAGCAUAACUCAGAGUAUCCGAGAAAGACGGAAUUCCGUCGACGAUACUUUGAUAUCUGGCGAUUCAGUUUGCGCGGAACCUGUUCCUUUAAAUCCGUUAAACGAAAACGAUUCUGUUUCAAUGUGUCAAAAUUGCACGGAAGGUAACGCAUAUACUUCAAUUGUUAAAUCUGAAGUAGAAAUAGAAGACGAACCCGAAUACGUGUUACAAAAUACGGAAAACUCUUUAGCCUUUCUUGAUUCCGACGAGAGGAUCGGAGAAGAAGUGGAGUUGAUGCCACAACGCGAAAUAUCUAAUGGGAGUGACAUAGCCAUACACUUUGCAAAUGCUCUGGCAGCCUGCGGUCCGACUAAUUUUCCAUUAGGCGACAGAGAUACGGAAUUUUGGGAAGAAGACGGCUACGGUUUCAGCAGAAGAGACGGAAAAUUCGAAUGCAGAAUAUGCAAGAAGACGUUUGUCUCUAAAAACAAUUUAGCAUUUCAUAUAAAGACGCACGUGGCGAAAAAGCCAUUCAAGCGCAAGAUACAUGGUGUAUAUCAACGAACUUGUAUUACCAGAGGUAAAUGGACAGAGGAGAAUCUCCAGAAAGCUAUUCGUUGCGUAAAAGAGAAAUCGUUAGGGGUUAACGAAGCCAGCAGGAUAUACGAUAUCCCUUCGAGAACUUUAAGGAGGUACAUACAGCAAGAUUUAACCGUAAAACGAAGCCUCGGUCCUUCCUGUUAUCUAGGUAAGGAGGCAGAAGAGAGAAUAGUUACGCAUAUCAAAGAGAUGCAAAACAAUGGAAUUUUUCCCACGCAACAAGCAAUCCAGGCACUCGCCUUUAAUUUGGCUAAAGAAAUGAAUUUAAAAACGAAAUUUAAUGUGAACAAACAGUUAGCAGGACGCGAUUGGGUCAAAGGAUUUAUGCGAAGACAUCCUGAAAUAUCCAUUUCUAAACCACGUGACUCUACCAUAAAAGGAACUGAUUCAGAUAAAGUUGAACAAAUUAUUGGCACGUAAGUACAAAUUAUCAACUGAUUUACUAAGUCAC